AUGGCGAGCUGCGCGCGACGCCUGCGGGGCGCCGUGGAUGCCAUGGCCGAGUCCAUCGAUCGAAUCCUGGACACCAUCGAGGUGGAGCAGCAGGUGUCACGCCUGGGUCAGCUGAUUGCACUUCAGCGCCAAGCACUGGAGGCACAUGGUUUCCAAGACUUCGCCGACUUCCAGAGCUGCUCGCAAGCCUCCUCGAGCCCUCAAGAUUUAGCUGCCCUCCAGCGCCUCCAGGCCUCCGAGCGUCGCUGGCGCGAGCUGCUGCAGCGCCUGGAGGCGACGGCCGGCAGAGCGGUGGGUGGCAUAGCGUUGGGGGCGCAGGCGCCACCGGUGGUGCUGCAGAGCGCAGGAGGCGAUUGGGUGGAUGUGCAGAGACUUUGUGAACGAUCCAGAGGGGUGCUUUUGGUGUGGCUCCGGCACUUUGGAUGA